ACACACACACUCACCGACACACACCACGUUUGGUUUGUAAUAAUAAUAAUAAUAAUAAUAAUAAUUUUAUUCAUAGAGCACCUUUCAGAAGCAGCUUCACAAAGUGCUUUCACAAAAACAUACAAUGCAGCAGGGAGACGAACCAGAAAUUGGGGAGACUCCAGUAGCAAACCAUGUCCGAGCUGCUUGGUAAUGUUGAGCCAAUUUGGCCUGUCUACAAUAUAAAUGUUUUCAAAUGUUUCCUUCAGCUAAAUGUUUUCUGAUUUUGAAAGAUAAAAUCAGGGUGACCUUUACGGCGUCACAAGGCGAAGUGAACAAAGCGAGAGGUUUGAAAGCAUACGUGCAUUAACAAUUAAUCCUCCUUAAUGUGGUUCUGUUAAUUGAAGUGAGAAUGUUUGAGAUUGUAUAAAGCAAACACUGUAGAUUGAGUGCAUUCACUGAGGCAAAUUGAUAUAGUUGUUACAUUGUUCCCUUGCCUUAUUACACCUCGUGUAACAACUGCACUGUGAUGUUCUGUUGUUGAUCGGGGGGGGGGCAGAGAGAGAACUGAGAGAAGAGAGAGAGAUCUAAUCUAAUUCUCUGCGACUCAGACGUGACUGUGCUGAACUCUGCACCUGUUUUACUGCAGCUCCUGAAACUCCUGUUUUUCAGUCUGACUGGAAAUUUCCCUAAAAAACCUCUGAACCUGAACUCUGUGUUCACGCUCCGUUACUCCUUCAUCUUCCCCUAAGAGGAAAUCAAGAAGGGAUGUGAAUGUGUGACGAAUGACAUGGAGCAACAUGUUCCUGUGCAAUAUUUCAUACAUGUGCAACACUGUUGUUCUUUUAUAUAGUAUUCAUAUUUAUAUUUAGGAUGUGGUACUUACAUUUUGUAGAUAAAAACUAAUUCUCACAUCUUAUUCCUUUUUAAUUGUCCUCUUGUAUUGAGACAGUAAUAUAUUUCCCCUUUGUGGGACAAAUUAUUAAAUAAUAAAAACAAAUGUCACAAUAUUUUACACCAUAAAUUAUGAUUUCAAUAUUAUUAUUUAGGAAGGAAAUAAUUGUCAGAUGAAUAAAGAGAGACUGAAAAUCAUUGUUAGUUCUAAUCAGGGUGCGAUUUGCGUGGUACGUCCCCCUUCCCUUCCCGGUCUACAUAUGGACCGUCGCUGAGUUGUUUCCUCUCACGGCGUCUGAUCAUGUUUUGCAGAGCGAUGGCAGGACGGACUGUGCAGCUGCUGAUGCUCGUCAGCCUCCUCGGCGUCACCGUACAGUUCGUUCACAGCACAAGGACAUUCGUCACACUGAAUUGUUGUGUAACGUUGCAGAGGUGAAAGAGGACGAGUGGGAGGAGCUCGGCCCGGACGUCGCUGCGCUGCACCGACUCAAAGGACUGUCCCGACACAUGUUCCACGAAAAGCUGAGGAAGCCUCCGAGACCCAGGGGGGAAUCCAUCCGCCGGGCCGAAGUGGAACAACAUGUCAACGGGGACGCGUCCGAGCAGAAAGCCAGAGACAGGAGAUCCACUGACGGGAUUGACACUGACAAGAACCCAAUGGGUUUGCUGGAUGGAUUUCGGGGGCGUGAAAACUUCACAGCAUAUUUCAUCAACAAGGAGCAGGACUUUGACAACUUCAUGGCAGAUUUUGAGAAACAGAAGAUACAAGAUUGGCUGCUAAGUGCUUCAGAGAUGUCACACAGCUACAGUGAAAAACUUCUGGUCAUGACCGACAACGAAAAGUCAACCAAUGACCAAGUCCAACAGGAAUACAGCAUGGAUCCUCAUUACUCGGUCAUAGUCACCAAAGAAUGUCUGUACAAUGAAUCCUGUUUACCACAAGCAGACAGCUACACUGUAGUGAAAAUAUGUGGAAGUGUUUCAAAUAAUGGACAAAAUGUGUCUGGGCUUUCUGGCUCAUCACUGGCAGAGCUGAUGUUGAAACCAUCACUGGAAGCUGCACCCGUGUUCUCCCUCAAUGGAAGCACGUCCACAGACUUCCAACGAGACUUCAUGAAGGUUUUUAUGAUCCGUGGAUUCAAAGCAGUUUUAGAAAUCAAUCACAUUAAUCACCAGAUUUACCAGAUCAUGGAUCAACCCGACUCAGUUUCCAGCUACCAAAUUCCAUAUAGACCAGUUGAUCACACCACACAGUACGACCACCAGCAGAUCAUCAUUAUGCAAGAUGACCCUGUGGUCAGAAAAGCUGCUCAGUAUCUUUAUGAGAAGCAUCCAGCGGUUAGCUCUGUCUACAUUCUUGAUGAAAACCAAAGACCAAAACGGAUCCAUGGGGAUUCGGUGCCACUGUCAGAGGACAGCAGACUGGUGCUGGUGGGUCAUGGGGCCAAAGACAACUCAGGAGAGAUGAGAAUAGCAGGGUACGGAGCCCAAGAUGUGGCCAAAAUCAUUCAAAGGACGUCCAGAGACAGUGACACCAUCAAAACAACAAGUGUGAUAGCAUGUGAGGCCGGCUCAGAUAAAGUAUUUGUCGAAAACCUGCUCAGAGAGCUUCAUGAAACCGCUGGCAUUACAACAGAGCUGCGUCUGAGGGAUGCUGUGAUCCAGGUCAGACACACGGGAGAGAAAAUUACACAAGAAAUCUCUCAAGACGGACUGAAGUGGCAACAUAAAGAUGACAGCACAAAAGUGGUGGCAACCCUUGAUCGGAACGGAGACGUAGUUAUUAGAAAUGAGCCUGGCAGUAGAGGAGAGACUGUGUUUACCAAUGAAAGAAACGUACUAACACCAAAAAAACGAAGAUCACGGUUUUCCGUUUUCCGGGACAGCUGGCCACAAUUUCCAAGGAGCUUUAUACACCAGGGUGUUUUUCAAAGUUUUCCAUCAAAUGUGAGGGAGCAAAUUAAAUAUUCCAGUCAUACAACUGAGGCGAUGUCCUGGGCGUUCUUCAAUGCAGACCAACCCCUACCCAAUAAGCUCAGGAUCAACAACCAGGGACAAUAUGUAAUACGCAUUGAAAAUCAGUGGACAAACAAUAAGCAGGAAGUGGAGGCUGUGCUUUCCAAGUGUUAUGAGAUUAAAUCGGGAAAAGAUGUUAGAAAUGUCAUCCGUCACUAUGCAAAGACUGGAGAAGAUGAGCCCACAUACCUGAUGGUCAAAGACUGGAUGUUUCUUGUUAACCCUGAAAAUCUGUACAUCUAUCCAGUUGGAAAAAAACUUGACAACAAUCAAAUGGGAAAUGAGGACAAAAUAGAAGAAGUUAAGGAUUGUAUUACUGAACAGAAAGGCAAAGAAAAAUACCCUGACAUUCAAAAAGCCAUUCUUUAUGCGAAGAUUGAAAACCCUAGGGAGAGAUAUGCUCAAUAUGUGGAAGCAAUUUUUCUUGGAGAGCCCACAACCGACCUCCACCUCCCUCUAACCACAGAGGCCUGGAUCACCACAUACUUCACUGCAUCAGUUAUAUCUGAAUCUGCUAGAAACUUCCGGACAUUUCCUCUGGUUCUCAUGGCCCUGGAUAUGAUAAAAAGCCCGGACAAUAAUAUCAGAGAGAAAGGAUUGAAAUUCUUUUUUGAUGAACACCCAAUGGCAAGAAGAUUUAGUUGGAUUGACCCAAGCAGGCGUGGACCUAGUGGCUCAGCAACACCUGAACAUUCGAGCAAACUCAACAAUCUUAAACCAAGAACGGAGGGAGAGCUAGGGAAAGACCUGAAAAACCUUCUAAACCAUGAAGCUCAAAUGUUCAUAGAGUGGGAAAAGAUGGUUGGUCGUAAGAAUGUUCAACAGAAGAUGGAAGCAGAUGCACUGCAAUUACAAAUAGUUCAUGAUUCAGAGAUGAAAGCAUUCUCUAAAGAUUACAGUCGUUUUAAAGAAGAAAACCAGCAUCUUUUUUCAACACCAUCUGGAGCUGACAAUGAACCUUCAGCAUCUGGAAACCUGGGAGGCUAUGCGGAUGGCUCUGUAACGGUACAGGACUUAAAUUCGGCCUCUGAAUUAGAGAAUUCCUUCAAACUUGAAUCCUAUUUCUCCAGGGCAUCUGCGUCAUUUUCUGAACAAAUCCAGACCCAACUAAAGGCAAAAUAUGGUGAAACUCUGGCGGGACUGCAUCUCAGGGAGGGUAGUGCCAGAAUAGAAGACGGACAGUUCAUAUGUGAGCUUGUGUCAGAGGGUGCUGAUGCUGAACCUGUUGAGUUUAGGGUCGAGUUAUCUCAAGACAGUCAACGCUACAAUGACAUUAUGUUGGAGAACAUUGACAGAGCUGCUCAUGAGAUGGAGAUGCACAUUUCAAAACCCUCACAAGUCAACAAGUAUGCAGAGCACACAGGAACUGCCGUCGGGUCACUAGGCCUCCUGCUGGGUAUGAAAGGAGCUGUUGAUGCUUUUGAGCAGGGUGACAUCAAUGAUGGUGUAGUAGGGGCUUUGCAAACUGCUCAUGGAGUGACAGCGAUGUCAAUGUCUGUUAUUGCAAGAAAAUCUCUUACCUCAGAGGGAAGAAUCGCCAGAGCCACAGCAGCAAUCAUGAGAAGCCCUGCAGUGAAGGGCACUAUGACAGCUAUACCCAUAGUGGGGAUUGGAUUUGGGAUAUACAGUUUGGAACAGGACAUUGAGAGAGGCAGCACACUGGGGGCCAUUGAUGCUGUGCUUGAUGCUAGUAUGAUCGCUUUGGAUGUUGUUGAACUUGUUCAGCCUGAACUGGCACCAUUCAUCAUGCCUAUUAACCUGGCUUUAUCAGUGGUCCGGAUGAUCAUUGAUGAUGUUUAUAUGGGAAUCCAGAAUGAAUUACAAAGCCUCCCGAAAGAUGCUGGAAUUUUGGAUAAAGUGGGGGCUGCUUUUGUCGGUGCUGGGAAGGGUCUUUUCCAUUUUGCAAUUCAAGUGGCUAGUGUGUUUUACAAUGGGCGUUAUGUAGAAAUUGAGGAGGGUCACAGACUUGUUGCUCAGAUAUCAGACUAUAAAAAAUAUUACACAUUUAUAAAGGAACAGGAUGGAACAAGUGCCAUUGAUUUUAGUGGUGGUGACUCCUCUUGGAAUGGGGGAGGUAUUAACUUCUGCCUCGCUGAUCAGGGUCAGUCUCAGUUCUGCAUGAACUAUUUUGUAUCUAGUGAUGAGAGUUUCGGGAAGAAGUGUUGGAACAUUGACACACAAGGAAGCAAUGACAUCAUUCUUGGCCUGGGAGAGUCGCAUGCAUUAGAGUAUAAGACACUACAGAAGAAAGUACUGAUGUUCAUACCAGCUGGGUCAGUCAGAGUGGUUUCAGGUGAAGAAGCGGUGUCAGAUUCACGAUAUGGGAUAUACAAGGGAAACCGAGAGCCUAACCGUUUUUUCGCAGUUCACAAAUCAGAGGACGAGCGUGUGAUUGACCUGAUGUUGACUUACUAUUACCAGCUUUACGGUCAACCAGGUGAUGACAUGUUCUUCCUCGGUCCACAGAGAAGUUAUGUUGAAGGCUCUGGUGGGAAAGACACAUACAUCAUUCCUGACAAUGGAGGGAAAAGCAUCAUUAACAACUACGAUCCAUCCAAAACACUAGACACUCUUCAGUUCAGUGUUAACUACAGUCACAUUUCUGUGUCUAAAUCUGGGGAUGAUGUUGUGUUCAUGUAUGAGGGAAGCCACACUGUGACCAUCCAAAAGUGGUUUUCAGGGGAACUGUAUCGUCAUAUGAACAUGAUGUCAGGAGAUGGAGUCUUAUUUGAGAUUUCCUCCACUGUGGUUUCUUCUGUGCAGCUUGUGGCCAGAGGAAUCAACAAGAUGUUUCAGACUCGUGGUGAAACUGUGAACGCAUCACAGCCACUUUUACGUACAGUAACAAACAUCUGUGGGUCUCAGCAUGAUGAUGUGCUCAUUGGGAACGGAGAGAAGAAUCUGCUCGAUGGAGGAGGAGGUCGAGAUCUUUUGACUGGUGGUGAAGGAGAAGACAUAUACAUGGUGAAAAAUAGAACAGGGUCGUCAGUGGUGAUUGAAAAUUACUCCACAGACAAUGAAACAGACGUGGCCAUAAUAGACGCAGAUCUUCACACUUUUGAAGUCAGGGUAGAAGGUAAUAAUGCUGUUCUGAGCACUUCCCAUCAAGGUCCAGUCAUCCACGUGACUUUACUGAACUGGUUCAGAUCACCAGAAGACAGACACUUGUUCAUCAUCACAAAGGAUCUGAUCACUUUCUCAGUCUCAGAUAAAAAGGCUGACUGCCAGCAGGGUGACUCAUUCACCUCGUGCAUAAAGAGUCGCAGCAUUGAUUACAGCAGGUCUCCAUGUCCUCUGGUGGUGGACCUUCAGGGGGAUGAGGCUUUACACAGUGUGACGGAGGUCCGUGGAUCAGGGUCUUCUGAUCAAAUCAGAGGGAACAAAGAACACAAUGUCUUUGUUCCAGGAGGAGGAAACGAUUACCUAGAGGGCAGAGGAGGAGAGGACUGGUACGUCAUCACACCAGGCCAAGGAAUUAAAUCCAUCAACAAUUACUCACCAGAUCUUGCCUUGGACUUUGUCUUCAUCAAGGUCCAAUAUCAGAAUAUAACUUGUGUUUGUGAAGGACAGAGCCUCAUCAUUUUGGUUUCCAGCAGAAGAGAUGUUAUUUUACUAAACUGGUUCAAUUCGACGAAUCUUCAGCACCUGCAGAUCAAGACCACUGAUGGAGUAACAGCUGGAUUGAUUUCCAACAUCAGCAGCUGUGACAAAGCUGUAAUGUUUCCUUUGUCUGUGGAUUACAGAAACCAGAAACCUGAGCCACUGGUCCAGACUGGGUCAGCUAAUGCAGGAGACCGGCCCGGGUGCUUCACAUAUAGAAGCGACAGUUCAGAAGAGACAGUCUUCUGUGGCCGCCAAGGCAAAGUGAUUCUAAUGGACAAAUUUGAUUCAGUGAAAGAAAUGUAUGGCUCCUCUGGUUUCGACAUCAUGGUUGGAAGCAGCAAUGAUAAUUUGCUUGAUCCUUAUACUGGGGGUGCACUGAUGUCUGGAGGUGAAGGAAAAGACACGUAUAUAAUCAAACAGGGACACGGAAACGACUUGAUCAUUGAUAACUUUGCAGAAGAUCAGAAAAUUGAUACUGUGGUGAUUGACAUGGAUUUUAUCGAUGGUGGUCAAGUCGCACUGAACCCAUCCUCAACGGGAGACGUGACUGUGAUGAUCACAACAAAAGGAGAACAAUUAAACUUCACACUGCUCAACUACAACGAUAGUUACAAACAACGGCACCUGGAAUUUCAGAGCUCUGACGGAGUGAAGUUUAAAUUGAAAUCAAUGAACUCAACUAGAGAUGUUCCUUUAUUUGAGAUUGAGGCUUUCAAAGUGACUCUGAAACAGUCGCAGGCUGACUGCCGCUUGGACCUCAGCUCUCGCCAGAACCUGUCUAAAGUCCAUACAGUGCAAGGUUGCCCCUCUCAGUCCAAUGACAUACUAGGUAAUGAUGAAGACAACGCUCUGAUUGGUGGGUGGGCAGACGACGCCUUGGAAGGAGGCCAAGGAGAUGACACACUGAUAGGAGGAAAUGGAACUGACAUCCUGAUUGGUGGACUGGGAGAUGACACUCUGUAUGGCGAGGAUGGAGAUGACACGAUGAUGGGAAACUCUGGCAACGACGUCUUCAUUCCAGGGUCGGGGGCAGAUCUAAUUGACGGAGGUCCUGGCAGAGACACUGUUCUGUACCGGGGUGAUCAUGAGAAGGGUGAAGGGGUUUAUGUCAACCUGUUGACUGGACAAGGCCGCUAUGCUGACGCUGAGGGGGACGUGUUGAAGGACGUGGAGACUGUGAUCGGCACCAUCUAUUCUGACAUCUUGGUGUCUGGUUACGAAAGUUCCCUUCUCAAAGGUUCCGAUGGCAACGACAUCCUGGUGUCAACUGGUGGCGAUUAUCUGGUCGGGGGUGAUGGCAGCGACAUUUACAUGUUGGCUUUCCACCACGGCUCAGUCACCAUUGACAACUGUGCGAAGGACAACGCCACUGAUGUCUUGUACUUGGAAUCAGGGUCACCACUGGCAUUUGACUGCCACAUCCAACCUGACAGAGUAAUCCUGACCUUCUUUGCAUUAAACCAAACAGCUGUCAAUAUUACACUGGAAGGCUGGAUCAGUGAUGAAAGCAAAUGUGGUCAUCUGGUGUGGAUUUUUAGAGGAGUAGAGGUGUCAGUGGACCAGCUGCUGGAGGAGUGUGCACUCAAACAGAAGGAGGAAUCGUGCUCAUCAAUCAUCAGCUGGAGCUUCUGUACCCGCCAAACCAUCCACAGCUUCUUCACAUGAGGGAUUUGUUAAACAUGGUCUGAAGGUCUCAGUUCAGACGUACUGCAGGAGCCCUGGAGCCGUCUAUCCACACAACAAUGAUAUUACAUUUUCUUUUAUGCAAAUCAAUGGGUUUUAUGGAACAUUUGUGGUGGCACUGUUUUUACCAAUGAAGACUUCAAGAGUUGAAUAUGUUCUGUCCUUCAAGACAGCCCUCAGAUCAAAACGCACCUUUUCAAUCUUGCUUUAAACUGAAACCUUUGUUUUUGUUUUGUUUGAUUUUAGCUGCGCGCUAUAAAACUGAUGUAUUAUCAUUAUUGGUCGUGAAGGCUCCUCCUGAAAUCAGUUCAAGGCAGAAAAACUGUUUCCUACAUUGGAGACUGUCAUGGAAACUGUCUCUACUCCAUAUUCCUGUUUUAUUAUUGACUUCCUGCCUUUACAUGUUUCCAUUCACAUCGGUUUGACGCGUUUUAUAUGCACCUACCUUGUUCUAUGCUUCUAAUGAUUAGUCAUCCUUUCAAAUCAAAAGUAUGACAGUCACUGAAUGUAUCCCUGACAGAUUCUUGCAAACAAAAUCUUUCAGAUGAAUUAAAAAAAAAAAAAGAAA